CAGACCCUGUGCUUCGGAGUGUCCCUCAGCAUGGAUCCCUUAUUAAGCAGGGUUUUUCUGUACACAUUUGGCUUUCUGCUGGUGGGUGUUCAUGGGACCCAUUACAGGAUGUACGGAUACCCCAUUCAUAACAGCUACAUCUUCCCUCCAAUGGUACACGGCAGCGCGGUCUUACCAGUGCCCAGACCUGGAAUAUUAGCCAGCCCUCCGCACACUGCAAAUGUGCGCCCUAAACCUGAGACCAGGACCCUUCAAGUGAACCAGCCAACAGACACUGCCUGUAAGAGUCGUCCCAUGGAUCUGGUCUUUAUCAUUGACAGCUCCCGCAGUGUCCGUCCUCAGGAGUUUGAAAAAGUCAAGAUCUUCCUUUCAGAUAUGAUUGACACACUUGAUACUGGUGAACGUGCAACUCGUGUAGCCGUGGUGAACUAUGCCAGCACAGUGAAGACAGAAUUCUUCCUGAAAACCUACUUUAAUAAAGCUGGAAUGAAGAAGGCCAUCUCCUUGAUCAGUCCACUGUCCACUGGUACCAUGACUGGACUAGCCAUACAGACAGCCCUAGAAGAAGCAUUCACUGAGGAAUCAGGAGCUCGCCAUGUGUCAUUCAAGAUUCCUAAAGUAGCCAUCAUUGUGACAGAUGGAAGACCCCAAGACAGGGUACAAGAUGUGGCUGCCCGGGCACGCGCCUCUGGUAUAGAGAUCUAUGCGGUGGGAGUAGAUAGGGCAGAUAUUCAGUCCCUUAAGCUGAUGGCCAGCGAGCCCUUAGAAGAUCAUGUCUUUUAUGUGGAAACUUAUGGAGUCAUCGAAAAGCUCACCUCAAAAUUUAAGGAAACUCUUUGUGGAGUUGACUUCUGUGCUGUGGGUAGACACGACUGUGAACACAUCUGUACAGCCACCGCUACUUCCUAUCAGUGCAAGUGUCGAGAUGGAUACAUACUGAACCCAGACAAGAAGACCUGCUCACGUAUAGAUGUAUGUGCACUAGGAAGACACAACUGUGAACAUAUCUGUGUGGCGUCCGGUAUGUCUUAUAAAUGCAAGUGUCGCGAUGGUUAUUCUCUCAACCCAGACAAGAAGACCUGUUCACAGGAAGCGCGAAGUGUUGUUCAGAUAGAAGAUCCCUGCAAAUGUGAAAGUCUGGUCGCCUUUCAAGGCCAGGUGAACACUUACAUCGAGUCACUGACUACAAAACUAGAUGAGCUCACGAAAAAAUUACAAGUCUAUGAAGGAAAAAGAAGAAACUGAAUGAGAAAAACUCAAAGGACUUUCUGAUUUAGUGCAAUAAUCUGAGCUUUCGUGCUGUAUGUACUUUAGUUGAAUUUUUAUUCUUUAUACAUUCGCUGGUAAGUUUAAUAGAAGACAAAUGAAAAGAAGAAAUGUAUCUUCACCAGUAAUAAGCAAAGCUCCAAUUUAUAGGCCAUACGGUUGGUUUGAGUAAGAAAAUCUAAUCAACACCAAUAAAUACCCAUUUGGUUAAAGUGAAUCUCCACCCUUUCAUGUCAUGUGGUGCCUGGCUCUCUUUUUAC